UACUGUGAGAUGACAAGAAGACAGUUCGUCCGCAACGUGUCAACAAUCGAGAGAUUUUUGUUAUUUUAACUUCGGAUUCAGAUUGCAGACGUGAAUACUGGUUUUCUUCAGAACUUUUUAAUAAAUAUUAUUUGGCCGGUUUAUCAGUUCCUCAGUCAACAAAUUUGUACAGAUUUUCCGAAGAAGGGAUAAUAAAAUUUUGGCUUAAAAAAUCUAGGCAUAUAAGCAAUGGCAUCGAAAGUAACUUUUAAAAUCACCCUUACAUCGGAUCCGAAGCUGCCAUUCAAAGUACUAAGCGUUCCCGAAGCGACUCCUUUCACUGCCGUCCUGAAGUUUGCAGCCGAAGAGUUUCGGGUACCUCCGGCGACCAGUGCUAUUAUCACCGACGAUGGAAUCGGAAUCAAUCCACAGCAGACUGCAGGCAACGUAUUUCUGAAGCACGGUUCGGAGUUGCGAAUAAUUCCCCGAGAUCGUGUUGGCACUCAGUGCUAAGGAUGGAUUUGUGGCAAUCCUGUGAUCCAUUACCAGCAACUGAAAAAAUGCUACUGUCUAAUAUCUAACCUAUUUUAAUCUACAUCGUUUUUGUUCAUAUUAACAAGUGUAUACAUAGAAAUAAAUUCUGCCGAUGCACAUAUUUAUAUA